GUAUAAAAAUUGACAUAGCGCAUACUAUUUACCCCUGUAAAAUGAUAUCUCGACAAAAAAAGAUGGCUCCUUCUUUCCUUGCUUUAUUCAUUUCAAUGUUGUUCGUUGGUGCUGUUACUUGUUAUGUUCCAGAAGUCGCAAGCAGAAUGCUGGUUGAAAACAGCUUCACUAGCACUAUUUCAUCAACUCCAACCAGUAAAGAUGGAACUCGUGAUAUCAUGAGUGUUAUUCCAUCAACUCCAACCAGGAGAAAUGAUGAGGGACAAGAAAGUGUAAGAAGGGAAAUAGAUAUGAAUGGACCAGCAAGGAUGAUAGAUUGUGAUGAUGUUGAAGAAGAAGAUAAUCAAGUGAUAAUGGUUUCAUCACCUAGCAUCACUGUUUCAAGGAGGGGAACUCGCAAUUUUAUGAGUACCAUUCCAUCAAUUCCAACCAAUACUAUUCCAUCAAUUCCAACCAUAAUUAUUCAUCAUGGAAGUCGGAAGAUUCUUCUUAACCGUCGUCUCAUUGUGGCCAAAGGAAGCAGAAUGCCGAUUGAAAACAGCUUCACUAGCACUAUAUCAUCAACUCCAACCAGUAAAGAUGAAACUCGCAAUUUCAUCAGUACUAUUCCAUCAACUCCAACCAGUAAAGAUGAAACUCGCAAUUUCAUGAGUGUCAUUCCAUCAACUCCAACCAGUAAAGAUGAAACUCCGGAUUUCAUGAGUGUUAUUCCAUCAACUCAAAGUCGGAAGAUUCUUCGUCACCGCCACCUCAUUGAGGCCAAAGGUAGCAUCUCUCCAAAUGCGCCCGGCAAUUAGCUGAUCCCUGCAUACCACUGUUGUGCUGUUUCGUCUUUUUUGUUUUUUUUUUCUUUGGUAUUUGUUGAGGAGGGUGCAACUAUGAUAGGGGAAAAUUAUAUUAUAUAAAUAAAUAAUUUUUUGUUAUGUAUAAAAAAUGGUAUUUACUCCGUUUCAUUUGCUUGUUAA